AUGCCUAUCUCAAAACUUAAAAAGAAAGAUCCUCGUCACCGGUCUCAUAAAGGCUGCUGGACGUGCAAACGGAAACGGAUCCACUGUGACGAAGCGAGACCCGGUUGUCAGCAGUGCUCCAAGCGCGGACAAGCAUGCGAAGGAUACGAGAUUAGACUUCGCUGGGGCGCUGGUAUCGCGUCUCGAGGUCGAUAUAACGGUGCCGAAAAACCGAUCAAAGAAUCUAUACCACCUUAUUCGAAACGAAGGUGGGAUCUGAGAGGAAAAUGCGAACAAAGAGAUGGCGGAGACCAGCAGGGCCAACCCGUUCUACUUCUUGAACAAAGUUUCACUCAAGCCCAACCACUGGAACAACCUGUUGCCGAACGAGCAACAGUCAAUAUACUUAAUGUGCCUUUUGGACAGAGCCCAGAAGACUAUAUCGACAUUAACAGACAUUUUGAGCUUCCUGCAUCUCUGGCGAAUGUGGAACGAGAUACCAGACUGUUUGAAGGAGUACAAGGACUAAAUGGUCAAUAUACGGAUAAUUUGUCUAGGGGAUCCGCAAUCCUUGCUUGA